CACUACACCAUCACCUAGAACGGCUGAACCGGACCUUACCCAGCCCCAGCCUCCCAGCAAGUGAUUUCCAAAUUCAGCCCAUCCAACCUGCAACAAGCUGCUCUUCCACAAUUAGAUCCACCGCCUAUACCGCACUGACCGUGCCUGGCCAUUAGGUUUAUUGAUCCGGACUAUCUAUGGGAAUUUUUACGGAGAUGUAAAGAUUUUGCCCCCUCCUUUCUUCAUGGCGAACAAAGCGAUCGAUUGGGAGAGCGGCGGAGAUCGCGACAUGUACGGUCACUUUCAGGACUGGUGUCUGAGGACCUACGGGGAUUCGGGCAAAACAAAGACGGUCACUCGGAGAAAAUACGACCGGAUUGUGCAGCUCCUGAGCGGAGUGGAGCUCAGCUCAGUUGAUAAUGCAAAAUUCAAAUUUUGGGUGAAAUCCAAGGGAUUCCAGCUGGGGAUGGGCGAUCAGAAAAAGGGUGCUGCCGGAAAACCAGCGGUGUACGUACCAGUAAAAACAACGACUGGAGAUGGAGUCACUGCUAAGGAGAGCAUCUCACUGAAACGCGUAGCUGUGGUGGAAGAUUUCUUUGACAUUAUUUAUUCUAUGCAUGUGGAAACUGGAACUGAGACUGGGAGGAUGGCAAAACAUGCUGGUCAGAAACGGACUUACAAAGCGAUAGCUGAAACAUAUGCAUUCCUGCCAAGAGAAGCAGUGACAAGGUUUCUAAUGAGCUGCACUGAAUGUCAAAAACGAAUGCACAUAAACCCAAAUGGUGUGGACUCAAAAGAAAAUGAAAGACCUUCAUCACUGGCUGGGGUGAUAGAUUAUAAUAUGCCCAUUACUGCCACAUACCUGAAGCAGAUGAAACUCCAGUUUAUGUGUGGACCUCAAGAUUUGGAUGAAAGUUCAGUGAGCAGUGAUGAUUUUGAUAUGAGUGACACCACAUGGAUUUCAGCUGACCAGUUUGUGAACCCCAGCCCCAGUCAAGAAGAAAAAAUGCACAGCCCUCAGAAUCUGCAUAACCAAGAAGAUGAUGAUUCAUCUUCAGAAUGCUGCAGUGGGAAUGGCUCCACUACUUUGAACCCUUCAGCAUCAAACAGUAUACAAGGGGGCAGUACAUUCCCUGAAGUAAAUGGAAACAGUUCCACUGGUUUGGACUACAGUGCCAGCUCAGAGGACCAGCCAGUCAACCUGAGUGAGCGGCUUCAGCCUAGUCAAGUGGAUAAUGGAAGUGUGGAUGGACAAAGAAACCGGGUCAAAUACAUUGGAAAAGGCACAUCAGAUGUUAGAUUGAACAGGGAUGCAAGAGAAUAUGGGAGUAAGUCUCCACCCUACAGCUCAGGAAGUUAUGACUCUGGAAGAAAUGAGCUCUCAGGAAGUUGUCCUGAGGACCUCUCAAUUAACAGAGGCGGGGAUGAUGAUGAUGACGAUCAUGAUGACCAUGAAGACAGUGAGAAGAUUAAUGACUCGGAGGGAAUGGAUCCUGAGCGACUGAAGGCCUUUAAUAUGUUUGUGAGGCUGUUUGUGGAUGAAAAUCUUGACCGAAUGGUUCCCAUUUCGAAACAGCCCAAAGAAAAGAUUCAAGCUAUAAUUGAGUCAUGCAGCCGACAGUUCCCAGAAUUUCAGGAGCGAGCCAGAAAACGCAUUCGCACUUACCUCAAGUCCUGCAGACGAAUGAAAAAAAAUGGCAUUGAACUGGCAUCUCGCCUACAUGCCACCUCCUUCAGACAGGAGGACAGGGAAGAGGGGGCCUCCAAUUUCUUCAUGUCUACUGUCGGUGCUGCAGCUCCUUCUUCAGCCAACAGGAAGCGUGCUUGCUGGAGGGUGAGGCGGACAUCAGGUUUUCCUUCCUCUGAGCCACGGCCCACCCCACCUCACCUGACCUCAGCUAUGGCGGAGAAUAUUCUAGCUGCUGCAUGUGAGAGCGAAAGCCGGAAAGCAGCAAAGCGGAUGCGACUGGAAACCUAUCAGCAGCAGGAUGAACCCAUUGCACUAGAUAAACACACUCAACAAGCCAGGGAGGCGGCCCAGCUCGCACACACCACUUAUGCACUGCCAGCUGCUUCUUACUCACAGGAUCAGAUGUACAUCAAUGGAGGACUGAAUUACAGUUACCGUGGUUACGGAGGAAUAGGAGGUGGACUGCAAACUACGUUACAGACUGGCACCCUCAGCAAUGGCCCAACUGAUCUCAGCAUGAAGGCGCUGGCCUCAAAUUCGACUUCAUCCAACACAAGCAACAACAGGAGUGUACCGGCAGCACAGCUCAGUCCAACAGAAAUUAACGCGGUUCGGCAGCUGAUUGCUGGCUACAGGGAAUCAGCAGCCUUCCUCCUCCGUUCUGCAGAUGAACUUGAAAACCUAAUUUUACAACAGAAUUGACUCCUGUCAGCACAGUCCUAGUGAUAACACCCCACAUUCUAUAGUCACCCAGUUCAAAACUGGAAAUGGAGAGGAGAUUCCUCUUGUUACAACGAUGGCCAUUAACCCAUUGCUGCUAUGGAAGUGAUAAUGCCACCAACCUUUAACCUCAGACCUUCAUCAGGACCAAGUGUGCGAGUGCAGAUGUCUUCAACCCAAGGACCUCAUUCACCAGAGUAAUUGUUUUCUUAGCUGGCAGCACAAACUGAGAGAUUUGACACGUGCAAGACCUCAGCUGCUCUCACAGGCAGCAGUAGUUCCUGUCCAGUUGCCAUACAAAACCCAUAAAGCAUUCAGUUCCCAGGUGCAAUACCUAGUAAUGCUGCUAAUAGAAAUAACCUAGUGCAGGCCUCUGGAAGAACAAUAGAGCAAAAGAAAAUAAUCUCUAUUGGUUUUGAGCUCAUUCUGGUCAUUAAUUAUGAGGAUAGUAGCAUCAAAAGGUACAUGCGUCAUUCAACUAAUUUACAAAAGCAUUUUUAUUACCAGCCUUUUUGUGUUUUCCUAUUGAACAUCAGAUUCACUAGACACUAUCCAUGGUGAAGUCUGCAUUCUGUUACUGCUACAGCUAAUGGAGGCACUUGUUAGGGAUCCACACGCAACAUGUCUCAGUAUUAAUUUGAUCAUAUAUGGAAUAAUAUAGAGCCAAACAAAAGGUAGGUGCAUUGAUUGAUUCUUGUGUGAAAUUCAUGCGCAAGAGACAUAGCUGUGAGUGUACAAGGCCAGUGCUGAAGAAAGAUCAAAUAUUUUUAAAUAUAAUUAGUGAAGUGCACUUUCAAAAACAUAUAGACCAUUUAGUGCUUGCCUGUAUAUAUUGGUAUAUUGGAGCUAACAUCUAUAUAGGUGAGUGAUACUUCAUUAAUACUGGAUAUUUAAGCUUUGUAGAAUUUUAAUGCAUUUUCUGAUUUCAGAAUGUGCGUGUGAAAAUACAGGAUUUAAUUCUGUAAUUAUGUUAUUUUGUACAUAGUAUCAGCAGAAUAGUUUUUUUUUUUAGAAACAUUCUAUACAAAGUCAAAACUCUUGUUUUAGCCAUAGCAGGCUUCAUAUCAGUCUCUGUUACUACCAAAAUAUUUCGGUAGAAUUAGCAGAUGAAGUUUAAUACAGUUAGGACAAUUCAUCUGUGAAGAAAAUCCAGAGGGCGACUACUUUAAGAAAAGAGUCCCUACUCUCUGUUUCAAUACCAUAAGCAGUGGAACUGCAUUCUGUAUCAAAGAAAGUGUAAAAACAAUAUUGUUCAGAAAAUUCACAUCACUGUAUAAAUAUUUAAAAUGUAACCCUAGACUUGCAUAGUUUUAAGCAUAUUCUUGCAGAGGUUUUAGUAAAAUAAAAUAUUCUAGUAAACCAAUGAGAAUGAGUAUUGCCCAACUAGAACAGGCUAAACAAAUGUAAACUGAGGGAUACAUUUUAUAGCCAGUCAAUUUCUUAGGUGGUUCUCAAAUCACAAUUUUGAUCAUCAGUACCAUGAAGUUAUUUCAAAUAACUUCCACUUUAUUCACUGCCAAAUGCUACAUUUCAUAUCCUGCAGGACUUAAGCUUUUAUCUCAUCAGCAAAUGAAGAUGCGUGAUGAAAUCUUUCAGAACUCAGGUAACAGUUUAUACCAAGGUAAACUUUUUACUGUUUUUUUUUAAGGAAAAAAGGGUGAAUACUGUGAAACAGAAACUGGUUUGUCAUUUUAUAUUUUGACUCUGCUUUUAAUAGUUAACACUAGCUGCAAAAAUAGUUAUUCUAGGUCUUUUAUUGUAAGAAAUAAACACUGUUGGGAUAGUUUCAAACUAAAUUUAGUUCUCAAAAGGUUAAACUUUCUUCACUGGCACCAAACUGUAUAAAUAUUUGCAUAAGUUAGCUCUAAGAAGGCAUUAACCAAUAUGUUAGCUUGUUUCAUUGCAAUGGGUGUGCUUGAUUUCAUUCAGGUCAAUAACAUUACUGUCUACAUUCAGGGAUGAACUCAUUAAUUUUGGAGAAAUAUCUGUCUGUUCCAUUCCAGUGCUAGCAGUUAACCCAUCAGAGGAGAGUGGAUUUUCUUCCAACUCCCACAAGCCACCAUAUGAUAAAUCAGCUUUCCAAAGAAUUCUACUGAAACCUGUUUUGCUGUGGAAAUCUCUCAAAUUUGCUCUGAGGAAUCAUUAAAUCAUGCAUUUUUCAAAAGGGCUUAAUUCCUACAACUUUUAACCAAACUUACCUAGUGAAAAAUGUCUGUCUGCACCAUAAAAUAAUGCUACAUUGAAACAAACUUCAGUUAUACUUCAUAGAAAGAUUGUUUCAGGACUGAUGUUGCCCAGAUAUCACCAAAUACAUUGGUUACUACUUUUAACCACUAAUGUAAUGCUUUUUAUGAGAUACUUCUACCUCAGUUUUCCCUUCAUUAUUCACAACGAUCAGCUGCAGAAUAAAAUUCCGCUACAAUCACAAAUAUACAUAUUUCCACCACUCCAAAAAACAGAAACUCAGUUAUUCAUUCUACACCACCACGGUAUAUUAAUAAGUUCCUUUUCCACACACCCUCCCUCCAGUAACUUUAAACACUACUGUCACCUGACUAGAUCGUAAAUCAAAAUGAGGCUGCACUUCAACUUCACCAGGAGAGCAUGCAUUGAAUUGUUUAUUUUAACGAACAGAUAAUUCUCAGAAAACAAAUACCAUUGCAUCAUUGAGAUUGCAUUUUAUAGGGAAACCCUUCAAAAUCCAUGCCAACUUUAGAAAGGCAAUCUGCAUGCAUGCAAUAACAUUUGCAGGAAAUAAAUGAUCAUUAAACCAGUGAUGCAUACUAGAUAUCAUUGAUAUUAUUGAAUACAGUGCAACCACACAUCUCAAACAACUGUUUGUCAUACUGAGACAAAAUCUUCUUCCACCCAACCUUCUUGUGACUCAAGGCCAAAGCAAUCCAGCAAUAUUCAGUUAAUUAUAGAAUGACCUGAUUGGUAAGAACCGUAAACAGGAAUAGUUUUCAAGCAGACCUCAACUAUUUUGGACCAAAGGAGAGAAUGAAGUAGAAUCAAAAUCUAGAAGCAGCAGAGGUCCAAAGAGAUUCAGUAGUCCGUGUGCACAACUCAUUUAAAUGUAGCAGUCAGAUACAAAAAUCAAAGGCUAAUAGUGUGUUGGACUUUAUAUCAAGAGGGCUGGAACAUGAAAGGGAGGAUAUUUUUCUACAGCUACACAGAACUGUAGUUAGACUGUAUGUACCGUACCAUGUAUAUUUCCAGGCACGUCUUGGAAAGGAUAUUACCAGCCUUGGAUGCCAGCCCUAAUUCACCAGAACAUUACAACCAUUAAUAAUGAGGAGCAAUUCCAUGAUCCAGGCUUGUGUUCCCUGAAAAAAAAUGAAAGACUUGGGAAUAACUUAACUGAGAACAUUAAGAUUUUGAAAGACAUUAGUAUAGUAAACAGAAGAAAACAUUUCCAUUAUCAGGCAGGCCAUGGAUACAAUAUGUAAUCUUGAAAUUAACCUUUCAGGGGAAGUAAAAGGAGAGCUCACUCACAAAAGGUAAGAGCUGGCAUUAAUUUAAUAAUUUAAAAUAAGAGUUUAGAAGACUUUUUGUUAACUAUGGCUGCUAUAGGUUAUAGAACCAAGCCAGGUAACUGGAUAUGGGUUAUAAAUCAGCCAUUAAUUGCAGCAACAUGCAUCCCUCCUUGUCUAAUUCUUUUCCUAACUCAGUUCCCAGUGCAGCAACUUUUAGCAAAUGUAUUAUUUGAUGAAAGCUUUAAAUCAACACCAUUUUUACAACACCUCUUAGGGCAAUUAACCUUCACUCAUUUUUACUGGUUUAGUUUAAAAUAUUAAGGCAAAAGUACGCUUCAUACUGAAAAUGCUACCAUCCUCAUAACAGCCCAAUUGUACAGAGCAAUGACAUGAAUGAAUUUUGAUUUGAUGAUCAUCAUGACUGUAAUAGUUUAAGUUAAAAGGCAAUGAAUGCUUAAUAUAACCUCAUUCAUACACUUUUGGGACCUCGUUCAAGCCGAAGAGCAGUUGAUGUUCUCUGCCCUCUGUUUUAAGCUAAUUGUCCUUUUAAGUGCUUUGUGUGUGACACAGAGUUACUUGUUUUUUUUAUGAAAAAGGGUGGGAGGGAAAUGUUUUUAUUAAUGUACAGGAUGUUGCAAAAUUUUGUUCUGUGUGGGUUGUUGUCCUUAGCAGUUCCAGAAAAGAGACAGAAAAAAAUAGGCAAAAGACAAUCUUAGCCCCCAUUGAUGCUGUGAGUAACUUUUUCCUAAGUGCAGCUAUUGAGUAAAAUUGGGGGAACACUAAGUAAUUUUCAGCCAUAACUUAAAGUCACUGAAAUGUUGUUGCACAAUGAUAAUGAAUACGUCUGAGGACUGUGUGUAAUUAUACAGUCAUCAUUCAAAGAUCUUAACCCUUUGAGUGCUGAUUUUUAAAAAAAUUUUAGCUGUUAGGCCGUUUAUUUUGUUGAACUACUGUACUAUUGCACCUGUUUGCAGAAAAUGCUGACCACAGUGGACAUUUUCUGUAUGGAAACCAUUCCAAGUGACACUGAACAAUGCUAACCGUACUGUUGCAAAUGUGGAAUUGAAAGGAUUAAUAAGCAUUAACUGGCUUAAAAUUUGAUGUGUCGUACAGUUGCAGUCAGCAAAUUAACUGGAUGUUGUUAUUAAACAACAAAAUAGUGGUGCUUUUGGUUUAUUUUGAUGGGGAGGAGGAGAAUCCGUUUCCUUAACUGUUUGUACCUAAUACCAAUGUGAACUUUGUAUUUCCUUCUGAUUUUUGACUCAGUGAAAGUGUGGCUGUUUACAUGUACAGAUUUUGCGAUUUUGUGUUCUCCAAUACCCUGUAUUAAUGCUGUAGAAAGAAAAUAACCCAAAUUCUUUUAAUAUUUAUUGCAUAUACACAGUGAAGAUGUUUUCCUAUACAUGUAGCUAAUUAUUUUGAUUCUUCGUGUUGAUAUAAGUAAAGCAAAUGAGUUUUUUGUAUUUUUUUGUUUGCUAAAUGAAUAGCAUGGGCAGUUCUACUUACAUAUCACUUUAAAUAUGAACCAAUGAUCUUGCUGGAGCUGUCAGUAUGGUGUCAAACUAGCAAAAUGCACUGGUUUCAUUAUACUCUGUGGAAUAUCUUUGUACUAUAUACAUAUAUAAGAUGGAGUACUAAUAAAACCAAUAUACUGUGUAUCAAAAAGAAUACUCAGAUGCUAACAUUCUUUACUAUUAAAGUGCUGAGUCUUUUGCUUACUAACAUGAACAACUGUGGGGGACAAUAAAACCCUUGCUCACACUGUCAAUAUGAGAACAAUAUUUAUUACAACUUCACUCGGUGCACAAAGUGAAAUAGCCACUAUUGCCAGAAAUAGUUGUGGGUGCUGUUACUUUAAUACCUCUGCCUACUGUCUUAGGUUUUCCAUAAAUCUCCUGGCUGUUUGGAGAUUUGUGUCAUCUUGGAGCACUGAUAAGUGGCAGAGUCAUUUCUUCUGUUUCAUCCAUUAGGACCUGUUGGUGUGGUGUUUUGGCGAGUUCUUGUUGGCACUCUACAUUUGUACAGUGACGGAACAAAACAAUUUUGUAGGGUGGGAGUUGUA